AGGAUGGCGAGCCUCGCUGUUUCUGCUCGAGAACUUUUCAUCUUUCUCACUACACGCAGGCUUGUCUGUUCACUUCGUCCUUCUCUUCGACAUUCUUUUUUCUCCUUCCGGUCUGUGACCAUCUCAUUCUUUAAACCUUCCACUCUUUGAAACAACCGGUAUACUGGUAUACCCAAGUCCUUCACUACAUUCUUUCUACCUACCAAAUCAACUUCGAUCAAAAUGAAGCAAACCGGCUCUAUCCUCGCCCUUGCUGGACUUGUGUCCAUGGCCAACGCCCACGGUUUCGUGACCAGCCCCCAGCCCCGUAUGCCCGGAUCUGCUAUGGAGAAGGCUUGCGGUCAGCAGGUGUAUAACAACCAGGAGGCCGACAACUACGGCAACAUCCAGGGUGAAUUGCAGAUCGCCAGCGGCCAGAGCGACUACGACGCCGAGGCUUGCGACAUCUGGCUCUGCAAGGGUUACAAGUACGCCGACAACACGGCCAAUGUCCAGUCCUACAAGCCCGGUGAGGUUAUCGACUUCACCGUCGACAUCCGCGCUCCUCACACCGGUACUGCCAAUGUCUCCGUUGUCGACACUGCUACAAACACCUUGCUCAGCCAGCCCCUGAUCUACUGGAGCGUGUACGCCUCCACCGCUACUGGUGUGACCGCCAACGAGACCAGCUUCAGCGUCACCAUGCCCACUGACCUCGGUGACAAGUGUAACGAGGCCGGUGCUUGUGUUCUUCAGUGGUGGUGGGAUGCCCGCUCCAUUGACCAGACCUAUGAGUCCUGCGUUGAUUUCACCCUGAGCGGUUCUUCUUCUUCCUCUUCUUCCUCUUCUUCUUCUUCCUCCUCUUCCUCCGCUGCUGGGGCUGUUGCCACCAGCGCUGCUUCCAGCUCUACUUCCAGCGCUGCUGAGACCACCACUGCUGCCAGCGCCGCCGUCACCUCCCCCGCGGCUGCCAACAACAUUGCUCCCGUUUCCUCCUCCGGCCCCACCACCCUGGCCACCAGCGUGAAGCAGACUGCUACUGCCGCUGCUGUCUCCAGCUCCACCGCCACCAGCGUCUCCCUGCCCACCGACGGUACUGCCGAGGAGCAGCUCACCUGGGUUGCCAGCGUCUUCAAGGCCCUCCUCAACUACGCUAACUAGAUUGAGAGUGGAGAUGAGGUGGAAGUACGUUGCUCUGAACCGGCAUGUGUUAGGAUAGAGGUAGAUCGCAACUAGAUUGCCUGCCUUUUAUUAGAUCUUCUUUGUUAAGAUUAGUCACUUCAAAAUCUGAUCCAUUUUCUCCAGACAGCCAUGAAACAG